CCACAGACACAGCCACAGGAGGCUUCAAUAAGAUGAUAUAGAAUAGAACCAAACUUUUUACAGUGGAUCCAACCCAACCCCAAAAUAAUCCCCCAUUAUAAAUUACUAACCACUACCACCUAAUUUGCUUUGUGUUUUUCCUAGAUUUGAGGUGAAACUGUGCCACCACCAGUCACUGAUUGAGGCUGAGAAUUUCAGAGAUCUGGUUUUGUAAAGGAAGAGGCUAGCAUCAUUCAUUCAUCAACAAAAUGGGUGUGAAUGUGGGGAUUUUUUGUGCUGUGCUUUUGUUGACAACACAAUUAGCAAUGGGGUUUCCUGGAGCUGCACCAUUAUUGAAGAAAUUUCCAGGGAAUAUCUUCAAGAAAAAGAAAGCUAAAGCUAUCCUCCCCAUUGACACCACAUUCAAGCUUCCUGUUGUAGCAUCUCCUUGGCCAGCAGGUGGUGGGUUUGCAAGUGGAACCAUUGACCUGGGUGGGCUGCAAGUGUCUCAAGUCUCAACAUUCAACAAAGUUUGGGCCACCAAUGAUGGUGGACCAGACAACAAAGGUUUCACAGUUUUUGAACCCAAAGACACACCUCAAGGAUUCUCUAUGUUGGGUAGCUAUGGCCAACCCAACAACCAGCCUCUUUUUGGAUGGAUUCUUGUGGCAAAGGAUGUGUCUUCAACUUCAAGUGCCUUAAAGAAACCACUUGAUUACACACUUGUAUGGAACAGUGCAUCAGUGAAAGUUUCUCAAGAUUCUCCUGGCUAUGUUUGGCUACCAAAAGCACCUGAUGGGUACAAAGCUUUAGGCCAUGUUGUCACCACCACACCUGAUAAACCUUCCCUUGACAAAAUCAAGUGUGUCAGGCAAGACCUCACUGAACAAUGUGAGGCCUAUUCAUGGAUUUGGGGAACAGGAGGAGACAGUGAUCCAAAUAGCUUCAAUUUCUAUGCAGUUAGGCCAAGCAAUAGAGGAACUCAAGCUCUUGGUGUUGGUGUAGGAGCCUUUGUUGCACAAAAUGGUGGGACUAAUAGCUCUUUAUCCAUCACCUGUUUGAAAAACACCAAUGCUAUUUCAAAAUCUAUGCCUAAUCUAAAACAAAUUGGUGCAUUACUCCAAACUUAUUCUCCAAUUUUAUACUUGCACCCUGAUGAAGAAUUUCAACCUUCCUCUGUGGAUUGGUUUUUCUCCAAUGGAGCAUUACUGUACCAGAGAGGGAAAGAGUCAAAUCCUGUGAAGAUAGCACCAAAUGGAACCAACCUUCCUCAGGAUCCUCACACUGAUGGUGCCUAUUGGCUUGAUCUCCCUGCUGAUGCAGACAACAAAGAGAGGGUUAAAAAAGGAGAUUUGCAAAGUUUUGAAUCUUAUGUACAUGUGAAGCCAAUGCUUGGAGGAACCUUCACUGAUUUAGCCAUGUGGGUCUUCUACCCUUUCAAUGGACCAGCAAGAGCAAAAGUGGAGUUCUUUAACGUCAAAUUGGGGAGGAUUGGUGAACAUGUUGGUGAUUGGGAGCAUGUCACAUUAAGGAUCAGCAAUUUUGAUGGUCAAUUAUGGAAAGUCUAUUUCGCACAACAUAGCAAAGGUGCAUGGGUUGAUUCCUCUCAGAUUGAGUUCCAAAGUGACAACAAUGUCAAUAGGCCUGUGGUUUAUUCUUCUUUACAUGGACAUGCUUCAUACCCUCAUCCUGGUCUUAUUCUGCAAGGGAAAAAUGGAAUUGGUAUAAGGAAUGACACUGCAAAGAGUGCAAGUGUAUUGGAUAUGAGGAAAUGUGUGUUGAUUUCAACAGAGUAUUUGGGGUCUUCUGCUGUUGUGGAGCCUCCAUGGCUGAACUAUUUCAGGGAAUGGGGGCCAAAAAUUGAUUAUAAUAUUGAUGAUGAGUUGAAGAAAGUGGAGAAGUUUUUGCCUGGGAAGUUGAAAACUGCUUUUGAAAAUAUUAUAAAGAGUUUGCCAAAUGAAGUGCUGGGAGAGGAAGGACCAACAGGUCCAAAGGCUAAGAAUAAUUGGAGUGGGGAUGAAGUUUGAAUAUUGUUUAGACUUUUAGCUAGAUUGCUUCUUAUAAAGUUCAUAAUUGAUUCAGUA